AACCUUUGCCAGCCCUGCGACCGCCUCGAGCCCCACAACACGAAAAACAGUCGAAAAAAUACACAUCAAAUUAUUGUUGUGUUUAUAGUCAAAUAACUAGAAUCCCAACUCACCGUACACACCGCCACACCAGUCAUGCAGUCCACCAUUCGACAUGUCGUGUCGGCCGUUGCCAAGACACCUCUACGCACCAACGCUGCGAUUCUGGGCGCUCUGAACGCCCGCUGCUACUCCACCACACAUGAGGCUGACAUUGUGGUGAUCGGCUCCGGACCCGGUGGCUAUGUGGCCGCCAUCAAGGCUGCCCAGAUGGGCAUGAAGACGGUCAGCGUGGAGAAGGAGGCCACACUGGGUGGCACCUGCCUCAACGUGGGCUGCAUCCCCUCGAAGGCUCUGCUUAACAACUCCCACUAUUAUCACAUGGCCCACUCUGGUGACCUGGAGAGCCGUGGUAUUAACUGUGGAAGCGUUAGCCUCGAUCUGGAGAAGCUUAUGGGGCAGAAGGUGAACGCGGUCAAGGCCCUGACCGGUGGCAUUGCCAUGCUCUUCAAGAAGAACAAGGUGACACAGCUUACGGGCUUCGGCAGCAUCGUCAACCCCAACGAGGUGAAGGUACAGAAGUCCGACGGCUCCACGGAGACGGUCAAGACCAAGAAUAUCCUGAUUGCCACCGGCUCGGAGGUUACCCCCUUCCCAGGCAUUGAGAUCGAUGAGGAAGUCAUUGUGAGCAGCACUGGCGCCCUGAAGCUUGCCAAGGUACCCAAGCACCUGGUGGUGAUCGGUGCCGGCGUCAUUGGCCUGGAGUUGGGUUCGGUGUGGUCGCGUCUGGGCGCUGAGGUUACCGCUAUCGAGUUCAUGGAAACGAUCGGCGGUGUGGGCAUCGACAACGAGGUCUCCAAGACCUUCCAGAAGGUUCUUACCAAGCAGGGUUUGAAAUUCAAGCUGGGCACAAAGGUGAUUGGCGCCUCGCGCAGCGGCAGUGACGUCACUGUGACCGUGGAGAACGCCAAAUCCGGCGAGAAGGAAGAGAUUCAGUGCGACGCCCUGUUGGUCAGUGUGGGACGUCGUCCCUACACUGAGGGUCUGGGCCUGGACGCUGUUGGUAUUGUUAAGGACGAUCGCGGCAGGAUUCCCGUCAACGCCACCUUCCAGACGGUGGUGCCCAACAUCUAUGCCAUCGGUGACUGCAUCCACGGACCCAUGCUGGCGCACAAGGCCGAGGAUGAGGGCUUGAUCACAAUCGAGGGCAUCAAUGGCGGCCACGUCCACAUCGACUACAACUGCGUGCCCAGUGUGGUGUACACACAUCCGGAGGUCGCGUGGGUGGGCAAGUCCGAGGAGCAGCUGAAGCAGGAGGGUGUGGCCUACAAGGUGGGCAAGUUCCCCUUCCUGGCCAACUCUCGUGCCAAGACCAACAACGAGACGGACGGAUUUGUCAAAGUUCUGGCUGACCAGGCCACGGACAAGGUCCUGGGCACCCAUAUCAUUGGACCAGCUGCCGGCGAGCUGAUAAACGAGGCUGUCCUGGCUAUGGAAUACGGAGCAGCUGCCGAGGAUAUUGCCCGCGUCUGCCAUGCACAUCCCACAUGUGCUGAGGCCCUGCGUGAGGCAAAUGUGGCUGCUGCCUUCGGCAAACCCAUAAACUUUUAAGCAACAUUAACAGCCUCCCCCGCCAGGCUAUGGAAUCUGCACUGCGUUGAACAUUUACUGCAAAAAUCCCCUCAAAUCGAAAACAACUCUGACAGCCGAAGCGAAAGUCUUUGCAUAUUUUUACUUCUCAAUGUAGAAACAGAAAAGUGGAAACCAUACCAUAAAUAUUGAAAAUGACGCCAGGCGUUAAAUGCAAUGUACUAUGUGUAUUAGGCUUAGAAUAAAUACAACACCGUUGAAAAACUCGA